AACUUGGAUCAUUUUGCUGGCUCUGCCCCUAAUGUGCUGUAUAGUGCCAGGCAUGUCCCCUGCCCUAUAUGGGCCUCCUCCCGUGACGUGCAGGGCUAGGGUAAGAUGCUCUUGGGUUUCCUUCUCAACACAGCCCUUCCACGGAUCCCUGCACACUGCUCAGAUUCAUUCCCUUCUCCCGUUUCUUCCCCACAGGGGCCUAAUAGCAACAACAGCAGCCCACCAGGAAUCGGGGAGGGCUCAGAGGACAUCGUUGUGGUUGCCCUGUAUGAUUAUGAGGCCAUUCACCACGAAGACCUCAGCUUCCAGAAGGGGGACCAGAUGGUGGUCCUGGAGGAGUGAGUCCCCCUCCCACUCCGCCUAAGACAGAC